UAGGCCCGAGGCUCUGGCUGUUUAUUGUUCCUUCUUCAGCGCCGACACACCAAAACAGGCGAACACGCUGACAAGCAGCUUUCUCGCGCAGUAUACGGAGGUGUGAUAGUCUGAGCGGCUGACUGCGCAAAUCGAGGGCCAUGGCAUACGCUUACCUCUUCAAAUACAUCAUCAUCGGAGACACAGGUGUCGGAAAGUCAUGUCUAUUACUACAGUUCACAGACAAGAGGUUUCAACCUGUUCACGACCUCACCAUUGGGGUAGAGUUUGGAGCGAGGAUGAUCACCAUAGAUGGCAAACAGAUCAAACUGCAGAUCUGGGAUACGGCUGGUCAAGAGUCAUUCCGGUCCAUCACUAGGUCUUACUACAGAGGAGCAGCAGGAGCACUGCUCGUCUAUGACAUCACGAGGAGGGACACUUUUAACCACUUGACGACCUGGUUAGAGGACGCUCGCCAACAUUCCAACUCCAAUAUGGUCAUUAUGCUCAUUGGCAACAAGAGCGACCUGGAGUCACGGAGAGAGGUAAAGAAAGAGGAAGGGGAAGCUUUUGCCAGAGAACACGGCCUCAUAUUUAUGGAGACCUCAGCCAAGACUGCCUCGAAUGUUGAGGAGGCUUUCAUCAACACAGCCAAGGAGAUUUAUGAGAAGAUCCAAGAAGGUGUUUUUGAUAUCAACAAUGAGGCUAACGGUAUAAAGAUUGGACCUCAGCACCCUACCACCAACUCAACACUGCCCGGUAGCCAGGGAGGCCAACAGGCUGGAGGUGGCUGCUGCUGAAGGCCCCAAAACAGACCUCUUCGUCCUCCUCCUUUAACACCUGAGCCCUCUCCAACCACUCCCCACCCCUUGCAUUUCUGCAGAACUGUGCAGGCUCGGUAUCAGUUUAACCUGUCUCUCUCCAUCAUGUCAUCGAUCUAUCCAUCCCGUGUCUUCCUUGUCUCUUUCUCUCAGACCAGUAUCUUUUUUUUUUUUUUUUCUUUUGCUAAAUCAUACCUGAGGGUCUCGUGGCAGCAUCCGGUGAGCUCAACCCUUUUAAGAAAGGUGUCAGCUUUACCUCACUAAAUUCUGAAAUUCAUAUUUUCCUUGAGAAGAUGUAUUGGUUUUAACUGUAUUCGUUUUAAAUUUGACACCAAGGGGAUGAUGAUGAUGAUGGUGAUGAUGAUGAUGAUGAUAAGGAUAAGCUCGAGUGGUGGUGAUGGUAGUGAAUUUCUCCAGACCUGUGGGUAGAGUAAAAAAAACAAAACACACACACACAAUCUGACACUGACUGACUGUAUGAAAUGAUAAACCAUGUGUUGCCUAUAGAAACACAUCUCCAGCAUGUUUUUAAAGAAAACGAUGCAGCACAUUGUAGCAAGGCGUGUUUGUACAUGUAGUGCCUGCGUGUAUAGGGAUGAUAUCGGCAUUCCAAUGAAGUCAGUCUUUUACGUCACAAACCUCUGCUCAUAAAAGUACCCCCCCACCCACACACACUCACACUCUUUGUCUUCAUGUCAACUUGCAGGUGUACUAUAUUGAAUGAACACUAAACAAUUUUCUGUCUGUCUUAAAUUGUCCUGGGGAGAGAUUAACUGACCAAACCAUCUAGUGUGAGAAUGAAGCCUUUUGGAAUGGUAGAAAAAUGAAGGUUCAAGAAAUGUCAAGGGGGAUAUUGAGAAGUGGCUGUCAACAUGAAGUUUAGAAAUAAAGAAAAAAAAAUAAAGGAAAUGAUUGGAAAUGUUUUGUUAACUAUUUAUCAGGCGCUAUUCUUUGUAUAUAUGGCUCACUAGAUUUCUGUGGCUUCGGCUGUUAAAGAGUGAAACUUGGCAAGUUGUGGUCUUCACCGGGGCUUUAUAAGAAUGCAAGAGAGAGAGACAAGAGACAGAGACCCCUUUUUGGACCUUCAAGCAGCUUUUAAACAAUUCUCAUUUAAAACCAAGUUCUCACCAACCCUGUAGAAAGGGGUUGGUGGUGCUCUUUUCCUUUAAAUGACAAAUGUGAAUGAUGACAGGCUGUUAACAAGAACUUGUUGAGUCCCUGCUGGAGAAUCGACUCAAAUGUCAAGGCUUCCUUUUAAGCAAGCCAUGACGCCCACCAUGAAAUAGUUGGCAGAACCAUAACUUUUUGUUUGACUGCUGCAAUGUUUCUUUGCUUUGCAAUGGGCAUCAUUUUACUGUUUUGAUCCUUGUUUACCUAUUCUGUUCAUAUUUCCCCAUGCAUCCCUACUGUGCACCGCUCUUUCCCUGACUGUGUGGUAACAGUUGUGUUUUUAUUGCCAAAACAGCAUGUUUACCUGUGUUUCGUUCAAUAAAGUGGGCGGCGAAAAUCUUUCCAUGAUGAUGUGACAUCAGGAUCAGCUGUCUGCCUUAACGCUACCCGCUGGAGAGAUUUGGACAGUUGCUAAAACAAAUUGGCUGCAAACAUGCUUUACCACAAACUUGCUGUAUACUCAUGUAUUACAUUAGAUGCACAUUGUGUGGAGUGUUGGGGCGUUUCAUUUAAAUUCUCGUAAAUUACUUUCCUACCCAUUCCCUGUGCGCGCACACAUGCCCCAUGUACAAUAUAUAAUGAAUACAUAUAUUCUGUCUAACCAGUGUUUUAACUAUAGAUGUGGGGAGCUUGUUUUUUUUGUUUUUUUUUGUUUUUUUGUCAUUUUAGAUAUAUAUCAGACCGAUAUUAAUCAAGUCAGUUGAGGAUUAUACUUUGUAAAGCAAUGCGUGUGUGUGUGUGUGUGUGUGGAUAGACAGGCCGACAGUGGUUACAGGGGGAGGAUCAAGCCAAACCUGAUGCAUCUAUUUAGCUAUGGAUUGAUCUAUCUUAUCUGUCCCCCUUCCUAGCCCCUCUCAGUCUUAAUUUUCCUGUCUUCCCCCCCCCCCUCCCCCAAAAAGUUAUUUGUUGUGUUUGUUCUUUGAAAGAAAAUUUAGAAAAAUAAGAAAAAAAAAAGAAUGCUAUCACAAUAAACUAAUAAAACAUUCUAAACUCAA